ACAGUUUCCUUUCCAGGCCCAUGAGCAAUCACAGCGCCCCGACCUUGGCUUCCUCUGCUGGGAGGGAUUGGGGGGCUGGGCCCCCAGAGGCGCCCCUGGCUUCCCCCUUCCUCUGGGCCGGGGGCAGAGAGGCACAGGCCCUCGGGGCAGGGACUGACUUCCUCUUGUCCCGGAAUGAGCCUGCCUGCCCUUUGCAAGCAGGUUUGGGUCUCUCACGGAGAGGAAACCAAAAGCAGUGAGGCGGGGGUAAGGCAGAGCGACCAAUCAACGGCUGGGUGAGGCACAAAAUCAGCGGGCUCCCUGGGGAGCCAGCCAGAGGCUGGGGGCCAUGGCAGAGCUGCAGCAGCUACAGGAGUUCGAGAUCCCCACGGGCCGGGAGGCUCUGCGGGGCAACCACAGCUCCCUGCUGCGGGUCGCGGACUACUGCGUGGACAAUUAUGUGCAGGCCACAGACAAGAGGAAGGCACUGGAAGAGACCAUGGCCUUUACCACCCAGGCACUGGCCAGCGUGGCCUACCAAGUAGGCAACCUGGCUGGACAUACUCUGCGUAUGCUGGACCUGCAGGCGGCCUCGCUGCGGCAGGUGGAAGCGCGUGUGAACACACUGGGCCAGAUGGUGAAUAUGCAUAUGGAGAAGGUGGCCCGAAGGGAGAUUGGCACCUUAGCAACCGUCCAGCGGCUGCCCCCUGGCCAGAAAGUCAUCGCCCCCGACAGCCUCCCUCCCCUCACGCCUUACUACAGGAGACCCCUCAACUUUGGCUGCCUGGAUGACAUUGGCCAUGGGAUUAAGGAUCUGACAACGCAGUUGUCGCGGACCGGGACUCUUUCGCGAAAGAGCAUCAAGGCGCCUGCGACACCCGCCUCCGCCACCCUGGGGAGGCCGCCGCGGAUCCCCGAGCCCGUGCAGCUCCCAGUGGUGCCCGAGGGCAAACUCUCCGCCGCCUCAUCUGCCUCUUCCCUGGCCUCUGCAGGCAGCGCCGAAGGUGUCGGUGGGGGCUCCACGACCAAGGGGCAGGCAGCACCCCCACCCCCACCUCUCCCCGGCAUGGCCCCACCCCCGCCACCGGCCCCCGAGGUCUUCCUGCCUCCCCCUCCGCUGGAGGAAGUAUCCCUGCCCCCGCCGGCACCAGAGCUGCCCCCGCCCCUGGAUCUGCCCCCUCCUCUACCCCUGGAUGUUGAUGAAUUGGGGCUGCCACCACUGCCCCCACCAGACUUUGGGCCUGAAGAGCCUAGCUGGGUCCCUGCUGCAUACUUGGAGAAAGUGGUGACAUUGUACCCAUACACCCGCCAGAAAGACAACGAGCUCUCCUUCUCCAAGGGCACCGUCAUCUGCAUCACACGCCGCUACUCAGAUGGCUGGUGUGAGGGCGUCAGCUCAGACGGGACUGGAUUCUUCCCAGGGAACUAUGUGGAGCCCAGCUGCUGACAGCUGAGGGCUCUCUGGGCUCCCGAUCCGGCACCCCUUGAGCUCCAGUACAAAGCCAACCCCACAGUCAAGGCUAGACUAGGGCUGCCCACUUCUUGGUCUGCGAGCUGUGCCUACCCUUCCCCUCCUUUUGGUGGGAAGGGGUCCCGGGGAGAGACAGAAUGGACCCAAAGGCCCGCUGCAGACAGGAAAGAACUGGAAGCCAGAGUUUGAUGAUCUUGUCCACAGAGGACACCCUACUCCACGCAGGAUGGGGUCUCCAGCUGCAAGUACCAACUUUGAAUAAAACUCUGAUGACCUCCUGGUGAUUGCCCUGCAAGGCUAGGGGGCCAGAGAGAGAGGAGGGAGUGCAA